GGGGCCUAAGCGGGGCGGGGGAGUGGCGUGUGUGCAGAGCGGGGCGUUCGGGGGGCGCCGCUGCCUUGCUUCUCCAUGCGGGCGCCAGCGCUGAGUUGGGCUGGCGCGCCGGGCGCCGGAGGCAGCGCACGGUGCUGAGGGGCCGCGGCCCGGGGAGACGAUGGCAAAAUGGCUGAAUAAGUACUUCAGCCUGAGCAAUAACAAAACCAAGAGUCCCCCUCAGCCUCCGCGGCCCGACUACCGAGAGAAGAGGAACGGUGCCGGCAGCGUGCCCCGCCCCGACGGGCCGCCGCACCUCCACCUUCACCACCACACGUCGCCCGGUUUCCCGCGCCGCCGCCUGCGCGACGACACCAGCGACCUUCUCCGCGCCUACCGAGCACAGAAAGACCGCGACUUCGAGGACCCCUACAGCGGACCCGGCUCCUCGCUUCUGAAGCUGCGUGCCAUGUGCCGCCCGGAUUACUCGGUGCCGGAGGAUCUGGGCGAGGCGGCCCCCAGGGCUUUCUCCUCCUCGUCAUGCUGUGCCGCGCCCCCCACCGCCGGGGCAGCCGGCUCCCCUCAGCUCUUCCGCAGCCACAGCGAGCGCCGCCCGGCCACGCCACCCGACGUGAAGUAUAUCUCCCCGAAGCAUCGGCUUAUCAAGAUCGAGGGUGGCGGUGGCCGCGAUGUAACAGGCAAGAAGCUCAACAAGGGCUCCAAGCAGCUGGCGACCUCUGUCCCCUCUGCCACGAAAGACAAAGUAUUGAUAGCUGAUGACUAUUCAGAUCCAUAUGAUGCCAAAAGUGAGUUGAACAGAAUUGGAAAAGGGGAGAAUACUGGCUAUAUGGAACCAUAUGAAGCCCAGAGAAUCAUGACUGAGUUUCAGAAGCAGGAAGGCAUGAAGUCCCAUCAGAAAAACAUGCAGCUCUAUGACACACCCUAUGAACCAGAAGGCAGUGGUGUGGAAUCAGAUUCUGAAAGUGUGGUGAGUCACCAUUUACGAGAAAGCAAAUUGCCACAGGAUGAUGACAGGCCUGCAGAUGAAUAUGAUCAGCCAUGGGAGUGGAACAAAGUCACCAUCCCAGCUCUGGCAGCCCAAUUUAAUGGAAGUGAGAAACGACAAACAUCUCCUUCUCCCUCAAAUGACCAGCACAGGCAGUUAAGAGCACCUGGAGGAGGCUUUAAACCUAUCAAACAUGGCAGUCCAGAGUUUUGUGAGAUCCUGGGAGAGAGAAUAGAUCCAAGUAUUCAACUGGAAAAGCAGAUAUGGUAUCAUGGAGCAAUCAGUCGGACGGAUGCAGAAAACCUCUUACGUUUAUGUAAAGAGUGUAGCUACCUUGUAAGAAAUAGUCAAACAAGCAAGCAUGACUAUUCUCUUUCACUGAAGAGCAGUCAAGGUUUUAUGCACAUGAAGCUGAUGAAGACCAAAGAGAAGUACAUCCUGGGUCAGAACAGCCCUCCCUUUGACAGUGUUCCUGAAGUCAUCCACUACUACACUACAAAAAAGCUGCCUAUCAAAGGAGCAGAACACUUGUCGCUGCUCUACCCUGUAGCUGUGCGGACCCUCUAAUAAUCUAGUCUCACCCCUUCCUGUGGAUGGGAGGUGAGAGGUAAGCUGGGUUGCACAGAAUUCAUUGCCAGAAUUCAGUGCUUGAGUCUGUGAUGGAGUGACAGCCUUUAGUCUUGGGAUUGUGGAUGCUUUGUAGAGUUGUGUAUGGUACUCUUAUGCUGCAGGGUGCCUCCAAAACCAGGCUUCUACAUAACAGAAAGAAAUUUUAUUUUAGUACAAAGAGAACAGACAACCUUCACAGAGCUUCUCUGUGAGUGAAAGUACUUCCCAACAGUUCUUCCUCCAUGUUUUGAGAAGAAUCAACAAGUUCUUCUCAGCAGUAAAACGCCAGCAACUUUUAUUCUCUUGCUACCCUGAGAAACUUCUUCAUGUGAAAGAGUAC